AUGUUGUUGUUCUUGUGUUGCGGUUGGGUGCUAUCUGGUUCCUGUGGUGGACCUUCUAGGCAAUGUCGUUGUAUCAGAAGAAGCAUUUUCUUGGACGGUUCGGGACCACCUUCCCCGGGCUAUCUUCUCUAUUUUUCUGGCGGACCUUUGUAUCACGAUGAUCGCACUUCCUUACCUCUUCUUUGUCUCUCUUGCGCUUCAUGGUGGUUUCUGCUGUUCUCUGAUGGUGCAUGUGCUGCUUUUAUGAAGGUGUAUGACCCUUCAUUUCUUGGUCCUCUGUUCUCGCGCUUGUUGGAGGGAUGUUCUGCAUUUCCCCCUGAUGGUUUGUUUCUGCUUUUAUUGGCUGCCUGCCGCUUCUGCUUCAGCAAUGGGUUCCUGCGUUUAGGCUGCACUGUUCAUGUCACUAUUCAUGUGACUGUUGGUGCUUUAGCUGUCCUUCUUCUGCUGGUUUUGGGUUGCUGGCUUCUCUUUUGCUGGACCUAUUUUCUGUUUUGGGUUGUUGAUCAGGCCCUCACUGCUUCUCUUAUUUUGGAUUGCUGGAUUUCUUCAGCAACUGGUCCAUCUGAUGUGACUGGGGUCCAUCUGCUGGUUCUAUUCAUAUGA